ACGUGGACAUAUGUCAAAUUGUCAAAGUUUAAUUUACAAUUUUCAUAUUCCAGCAUGUUUAUAGAAAAUCACAAUAAUUAUUCACCCGGAUAUCAUUGUCCUUAUCAAAGAAAAUAUUUCACAUGUCAAUCAAAUAAAACCAAAUAAUUAUCAUGAAGUUGUUUAUAUUAAAAAUUAUAGUUAGUCUGUUAUUUAUAAUUGAUUAUUUCACAAUAAUCAAUUGUAAAACUAACAAUAGUAUUUUCAUAGCAACAAAUGAGUGGAAAGUAGUUAAUAAAGGGCAACCAAUACCAAAAGGUUUACAUGUUAGACAUAAUUUUCAAACUGGAAUAACCGAGGCGAAAUUAAUGGAUGACGAUAAUAAUAGUGUUAUCAAAAAUGAAAAAUCAGAUUUAGUACUUCAUCCAGAGGCAGCAAUAAGUGAUGGUGAUGAUACUCCUAUAAAUGAACUAAAAAGAAAAUUAAGAAACAUGAUGUUUGAAGCUGAUGAAUCUUCUGAUAAUAAAUAUCAACAUAUAAAUCCAAAAAAAGUUGAUAAAAAAUCAUUAAACAUGACAACAGAUACAGAAAUUUUAACGAAAAUAUUUCAAGAAUUAGAUAUUUAUGAUGAAUCAUUGAAAACUGGUAAUUUAACAGCUUCAGAUGUUGAUUUUGUUCUACAUCUCUUCAAUGAAUUGGAAUAUCUACUUCAUCAAAUCGACAAUGCACAAAUAUUUGCCAAAAAAAAUGGAAUACCAAAAAUAUCAAUUUGUUUAAACCUUAAUAAUGAUGAUAUUAAAAUUGAAGCAUUAAAAGUACUUGGUACAGCAGUACAAUCAAAUGAAAAGGUACAAUUAAAAGCUCUUGAUGAUAAUUUAGUUGAAAAGUUAUUAAAUUUAUUAGUUAAUUCUGAUAAAACUGAUGUUAAAUCAAAAUGUAUGUUUGCACUUGGUGCUCUUGUACGUCAAUGUAUAAAAGCACAAAAGAUUUUAAUUGAAAAUAAUGGUAUUGAAGUGUUUAGUAAAAUUCUACAAAAUGAUGAACAAUUAAUUCAAUCAAGAGUUAUGAAAUUAGUCAGUGAUCUUGCUGUUGAAAGAGAAACAAUUAAACAUACUGAAAAUGAUAGAAAUUCCAAAGAAAUAAUUCAACAAUAUGAUGAUACAGAAUUCGAAAAAUAUUUACUAUCUAGUAAUUAUUGUAAUCAUUUAUUAACAUUAUUGUUAAAUAAAUUUGAUAAUGAUGUAUCAAUAAAUUCAAUAAACCAAAAUAAUCAAGAAUUUAUUGAAAUAAUUUUUGAUAAUAUGAUAAAUCUAAGUUCAAUUUGUAAAGUCAAUUAUCAAAAUAAUAAUUUACUUAUUAAUGUUAUUAAAAAUAUAUCAAAUUUAUUUAAUGAAAAAUAUAAUCAACAAUCUGAUGACACUGAUGAUUUUAAAAAUCGAAUAAUUCAAUUACAAGCAUCAAUUUUUAAUGACUCUCAUGAUGAAUUAUAAAUAUUAUACUGUUAAAACAGAUAUUUUUUUUUUUUAAAUACAAAAUAAAAUAUAUUUAUUUAUACAAACAAAAAAAAAAGAAAAA